UUGAGAAAUUUCCUUUAAUGUUUUUUUUUGAGCCUUGGAGUCAUGGUUAAAUUGUGGCCCUGUUUGCAAAUCCACUUUCCAUGCAGCUCAGAAAGUUUAGAUUCAUGAAUAUGUAUUUGAGGUGGCCAGGCGUGACAUGCAAAUUAUAUUCAAAAACCAACCUGGUUGGCUUUGGCCCACAAAAUCUCUGUCUUUGUUUAACUAAGGUAUUCUUAUUUGAUAUAAAACUGAUUUACAUAAGUGAUGCACAUACCCAGCAGCACAAAGUACAGGUUAUCAGUUGAUUUAAAGACUUGAUUUGCAUGUUAUAUUCAGUCCUUGUGCUUUCGAGUUUAGUUUGACAAACAGGUUAACAUAAGCUAGAUUAGAUAAUGUGUAUAAUGUUUAUGUUCUUCAGGAAGUUAGAAACUUUAUAUGGGUUUUUUGAAUGUUUUACAGUUAGGCACCUUUCACAUUUAUAGACCCUUUUCAGUACAGGUUUAUUUUAUAAACCAUUAAAAAAAAUGUGGGGCACUGUGAGAAUCACUGCUGUAUAGUAUAAUAUCCAUAAUGUAUUGGAAAUUGGAUUUAAUUUAUCCCUCAUGAAUUUAAGACCUCUUGUCUUAUUUUUUUUAGAAUUAAAAAAUAAAACUUAAUUAAUGUCUUGUCCUAAAUUAAUGAGGACAUGAUUAAAUGCACUUGGAUAAAAAAAAAAAAUAAUGUUAAUUGAAUUUCUCUGUUAAAUUGCGAAAGCCAGAUGAAGACGAGGCUGGUUUAAUUUGAGUAAUAGCUUGUUCAACAUGCUAUUAGUUGAUCCUUUCUUGGGUCUGAGUGGUUACCUUGGUUAUACAGAGCAGGUCAGGUUAUACAGAAAGUGUCAUGGGAUUACAGUAACACCAUUAGCUGUCUACAUAUAAGGCUCUGUGUUUUACUACACACAGUCCUCAAAGGAGAAGGCGUGGAGUCUCUGAGCCCUCCUCUCCUCUCCUCUUCUCUCCUCCCGCUCUGUCUCUGCUGCAGCUUUGAGGAAGUGUCACACAGCGACGCCACUGCCGAAACACUGCAGUCACCUGCUCUCCUCUCAGCUGCCCUACCAUGAUGAUUUCAUGGUGGUAUUUGUACCUGGGAGCUCAAAGCGUCUACAGGGAAGUACUAAAUAUGGCAUCGGUGCUGCAGAAGCUCAUCACCCCCUUCGUCAGUGGACCAGUUGAGCCUCCCAAGAACAAGGUGACGGUGGUGGGAGUGGGUCAGGUGGGCAUGGCAUGUGCCGUCAGCAUCCUGUUGCAGGAGUUGGCUGAUGAGCUGGCUCUGGUGGAUGUGAUGGAGGACAAGCUAAAAGGAGAGAUGCUAGACCUGCAGCAUGGAAGUCUCUUUUUCAAAACUCCUAAAAUUGUCUCAGGAAAAGACUACUCAGUGACAGCAAACUCACGCAUUGUGGUGGUGACAGCAGGUGUACGCCAGCAGGAGGGCGAAAGCAGGCUUAACCUUGUCCAGAGGAACGUCAAUGUUUUCAAGCACAUAAUCCCACAAAUAAUCAAAUACAGCCCCAACUGUAUCCUUAUUGUUGUGUCUAAUCCAGUGGAUGUUUUGACCUACGUAACCUGGAAGCUAAGCGGCCUACCCAAACACAGGGUCAUCGGCAGCGGCACGAAUUUGGAUUCAGCACGUUUUCGGUACCUGAUGGCGGAACGACUGGGAAUUCAUGCUAGCAGCUUUAAUGGCUGGAUUCUUGGAGAACACGGUGACUCUAGUGUGCCUGUUUGGAGUGGUGCAAAUGUAGCAGGUGUGAACCUCCAGAAACUGAACCCAGACAUCGGCAAAGAUGGUGACAAGGAAAACUGGAAAGAGACUCACAAGUUGGUAGUCGAUAGUGCUUAUGAGGUGAUCAGACUGAAAGGCUACACUAACUGGGCUAUUGGACUGAGUGUAGCAGAUCUGAUAGAGAGCCUCAUUAAAAACCUGAACAGAGUUCAUCCCAUUUCCACUAUGGUCAAGGGGAUGUACGGCAUCAGCGAUCAGGUGUUCCUGAGCCUGCCGUGUGUGUUGAACAGCAGAGGAGUGAGCAGUGUGAUCAACAUGAACCUGACUCAGGAUGAGGUGUCUCAGCUGAAGAAAAGUGCAGACACACUGUGGAACAUUCAGAAAGACCUGAAAGAUCUGUAAGAGCCGUGCUCAGGAGCAAGUGCGCUUGUUCAUUAGUUUUUCAGACUAACAUCUUGACUAACACAGCAGCUUUGUCAUUGAUCUCCUGCUUAUUACGCUAAUAAUAUGAGCAGAGGUAGGUCUAGAUGCAGCUCUCAUCUGCUAUGCGCGAUGAACAUGUAAAUUAUAUGU